UUUAUUUUUCUAAUUUUCUCUUCUACUCUUUCAUCUUUUGAUUUUUUUAUUCACAAGCAAGGCCUUUUAGUUCUUCUGACCAGUGACUUCUCUCCUGAUGAUUUUUGGCUUGAAAGCCUAAACUUGUUUCCUGCGGCCGUGAAGGCCAAAAAUGUUAUAGUUAACUAUACCUUAGGUUACGCUCAAAAUAAAAAAAAAAGUACAUGUUGGUUUCUUUUUCCGAAUAAACUGCUGGUUUUUUUUUUUUUGGUAACACAGUGGCAAAAAUUGACAAAGGGGAAUCCGCCGUUUGACGCAAAAAGAUCUGACCUGAUUCUUUUGGUUAUGCUUUUUUAUUUGGCCAAUGCUUCUUUCUUGACGUUGAAAUAGAAAAUGCAACGAAACAUUGGUGGAUUAUUAUUUUAUAUGAAGCUUCUUUUUGUUUUACCCUUUAUUAAAUGAAAAAUCUCUAUAUCUAAUGGAUAGAAUAAUCAUCCAAAUAUUUUAACCUAAAAUGGCUCUACAAAAGCGGAAUCUGAGCCAACUUCUACGGCUCAAAACGGUCAUCUAACCUUUUUUCCCGGCAAAUUUCCCUGUCUCUUUCACACCUUUCUCUGUCUUUCUUUCUCUGUUUUAUCUCCAUUCUCAUUUACCUGCUUUCUCUGCCUAAUAAUUAUUCAUUUAUGCCUUCUGGUUUGUUUUCCUGAGAAAAGUUUAAAUAAGGUUGUUUUCUCAAUUUACCAAAUGAACUGAGCAUUAUCAUGUUGUUUUCUAUCAAAGCGAUUGUAUCUCGAAUGAUUUGGGAUUCUGAUUCUUUUUGGUUGAAGGAGGGAUAAAUUUUCUUUUUCUUUUUUUUUUUUUUUGAGAAAAUGGUGAAUAAGAAGAAGAUAAAGGAAGAUGAAAAAAUCGAGAGGACGAUUCGGGCUCUUCUCAAACUUCCCGAGAAUAAACGAUGCAUCAAUUGCAAUCUUUUGGGUCCCCAAUACGUUUGUACCACCUUCUUGACUUUUGUUUGCACCACUUGUAGUGGAAUACAUAGGGAAUUCACUCAUAGGGUGAAAUCUGUAUCAAUGGCUAAAUUUAGUGAAGAAGAAGUGAGUGCUCUUCAAGCAGCAGGAAAUGAGCGGGCUAGACAAAUUUACUUCAAAGCAUGGGAUCCUCAACGUCAUUCUUUUCCUGACGCCAGUAAUCUUCAUAGGCUCCGAGAUUUCAUCAAGCAUGUCUAUGUGGAUAGGAAAUACACUGGUGAGAGGAGUGACAGGCUUCCAAAUCUGAGAUUGGUACACAGGGCAGAUUCCUCUGAAAGCAAGAAGGUCAGUGUGUUUAGUGGUAGAUCCAAAAGUCCACUUUAUGAAGAUAGACAUGAAUGGAGUUCUAAUGAAGGAUCUAGUACUGCUGGAAGAAGUGAUACUGUUAGGGGUGUCUAUAAUGAGACAAGAAGUCCGCGAUACGCCCAAGAAAAUUCAAGAUAUGGAGGUUCCCGUAGAAACCCUGUGUGCAUUGAGAUUGUUGAUAACAGGAUCCGAUAUGAUGGUUCUGGAAGUGUGAGGCAAAAAGAUAAUCACAGCUUUUCGCAUAGAGAACCUGCGACACGAAGCGGGUUAUCUGACCACCAAAUAGAUCGGUCUAGGUCUCUAGUGGUGCACCCAGUUAGAGAUAUUUUGGGGGAGAAUGCUCCUGCUCUACAGGUGGGUGAAUAUUCAAAAGAAAAAGCUGGAAGGGAUCCUGAUGGUUCUGCUAAAAACCAGAAGAUGGCGUCAUCUGGUGACAUGGAAAGUUUGAUUGAUUUCAGUAUGGAUUCUGAGCCCUCUAAUGCUGUGGCAGCACCAAAUAUGCAGCAAGUGCCUCCAUCAAGUGAUGGUGGUAACCAGUCUUCAGAUGAACUCUCUUCAAAUGGAAAAGCACCUCCUGCCACCAAUGUGAAUGCUUUGGAAUUUUUACUAUUUGAUCUGUCAGCUCCAUCUGUGGUAGCUGUUGAUAAUGCCUCUGCAGUACCAGGCACAGCAGGUGCUCCAUCAACUGCAUCUGGACAGAACAUUUCAUUAGACAGUGUCUCUCUAUCAGCACCUACAGAACAGUUUUUUGCAUUGACAAGUACCGUUGGUUCUUCAACAGUUCCACUGGUUAUAAAUAUCCCACAAAAACCUUCCAAUGUGAGCCCUCUUCAAGGCUCAACUGAUAUUAAUAGCGAUUACACUGUCAAAGCUCCUGAGAGGCAUGUCUUUCCCAUCGUGCAAAAACAUCAGUCUUCUAUGUUCUCUGCUUCUGAUAAUAGCUUUUCUGCACAACGAAGUACUAGAACAGUUGAAGCAUUGAAUAGCCAGCAUGGUACUUCACCGUUGAUGCAUAAUCCUAAAGAAUCUUCCAAUGUAACUACUGAACAAUCAUCUCAAGCCAACUCAAAAUCAGCUGAAGAAACAAGUUCUGAAGUUGGAGUGCAGCCUCUUUCAGCAGAAACAAAGUCUACUGGAAGAAAGGAACUUCCAGAGGAUCUCUUUACUGCAAGCUAUAUGUCAGCCCCUGCAGCAGUUUUGGGUUGGCAAAAUGGUCCACCACAUGGAACGGGAUUUGGCUUGCAGUAUUAUCCUAAUGCAAUGCAUGAUGCAGCAUUUCCAAGCAGUGCAAAGGCAAAUCCAUUUGAUCUUAACAGUGAAACGACUCCAGCUCAAGCCCCUUCAUUUCCCUCAAUGGCAUCUUUGCUAGGAGCCCUCACUAGCGUCCAAGAUUCUACUGGCUUGUCUCAUACACCCAGUGUUGAUUCCCAUUCUUCAGGAAUGGCAUCUCAGUCAUCAUAUCUUGCAUCUUUGAUGACUCCAAAGUCACCUUUCACAUCGUCUAUGCCUUCUAGUGCGUACGUGGGAGAUCAAUCACGCAUUGGUGUGCCACCUUCGAGACCACAAGGAAUUGGUGGCUUCGGCAGUGAUGAAUUUACUUCGGGCUCCUUAAAUACAACUCAGAGACCUAAAGGAGGACACUCAGCAUCUAAUCCUCCAACCUCUUUUCAUACGACGGGGGCAAAUCCAUUUGGAUAAAGGAAUAAAAAGACCUAGUCCUACUUCCAUUUUUUUUGCUUUGAGCGUCCAAAAAUCCAAAACAAAAGUCAGGCUCUUUUUCUAGUUGAAAAAUCGACAACAAAGGCUGCAGACUGAUGAUGAUGUCUUCUGACUUCUGUAUCUUUGACUGAGAGAACUACAGUAUCAAAGAUCUGAAAGACGCAUGAAAUGGACCAUUCUGGACCAAGAUGUACAUUCUCAAGACUAAUCCUUCAUGUAAAUUUCUCAUUGCCAUUACUUCUUUCAUUUCUUCUUGCUUGGUUUGAUCCCCCUCCUUUUCCUUUUCUUCAGGCAAUUUAUCUGAUGUAGUCACCAUUUUGUAUACAUAUCACCUGAAUUCCAAAAAUGUUAAUA